CCAAGUCCUUUCCCACUUAUUGAGACCCUAGACCUGCACAACUUGGCAGCAGAAACUUGUCAGAGAUCAGUAGCUGAUGGCUUGGACCAACAUUUUGCGCUGCUGUAGGUGCACUCUCAGUGAGGAGGAAAAGUGUUAAGAGGGAGGACAGGAAAAGAAGACAAAGAGGAGGAAGUGCAGAGCUGCAGAGCCUCCAGAGGGAGAGAGAUGCGGAGGGGAACACUUGAAUAAAAAGAAGAGAGUGAGAAAGAGAGAAAAGGAGAAAUUAUUGACACAUCAUUGACAGAGGAAGACCGCUUGAUGGAGAAGCCGGCAUGGACGCAAGGGUGGCUAGACAGGAUAGCCGAGUGACGCACAUGUUUCCACCACUGCAAUUGUAGUGCUGAGUAAAAACAGGCAGAGAAGAGCAGAGGAACAGGUAGAGCAGAAAGAAAGAAAGAAAGAAAAAGUAAGCAAAGAGUGAAAUGGGAUAAACAGAACCAACGAGCAUCAGCAAAAGGUGGUGAUCCGGGUUUCCAAAAACUCUGCUUAUCUUGCCCAUCCAUCUCGACGCUACGUGUGCAACUCUCCAAAGUUGGACCCCGAUGUCGGGACGGGCGGUUCGAGCUGAGACACGAAGCCGGGCGAAAGAUGACAUCAAGAAAGUGAUGGCAGCCAUCGAACAUGUCCGCAGAUGGGAAAAACGGUGGGUGACGGUGGGAGACACAUCUUUACGCAUCUACAAGUGGGUACCCAUUGUGGACCCGCGAGAUGAGGAAAAAAGGAGGCUAGCAGGCAGCAAUGAGCAACAGAGGGUGAAAGAGAGAAGAUCCCAGGUGCCCAGCCCUCGGAGCAAUCCUGCCCUGCUUAUGUUGGAUCUCAAUGAUGAGAACAGCAAUCAGAGCUCUAUUUCUGAAACUUCUUUGCUGAAAGGUGGAGACACCAGUCCCAGCCCUACUCCAGAUCGCAGCCAAACUGUCACUCCUACACCUUUGGGGGAGCUAAAGGCCGAGGAUUCACAGCCUCCUCUGUUGGGACAGGAAGGAGAUUCUGGGGUGCUGCUUCUAGAGGGAACAGAUGAGCCUCCCAUGCUUACCAAAGAAGAGCCAGAUCCCAAGACCGAGGUGAAGGAGACUGCCAGCCCUUCGGAGCCUGUGAAGGCCUUUGAUGACCCCACACCUGAAGCGGAAGAGGUGCUGCCCUUAGGGGCUCCUCCACUGAAACGUAUCCGCACGGAGGCACAAGAUUCAGAGUCUAGUCAGCCCUCAGAGGCUUAAGCUCAAGCCAGUUUCUGCCCUCCCCAUUUCUUUUGGUUGAGUGUGUAGGGGAAACCUAAAUGGAAGAACAUCUAUUAACAUCUUAUCAGCUAAAAUAUGGUACCAGCAGCCAAAGUACCAGCUCUUGUUUUAUUCCCCUAUCCAGAUUCUCACCAUGGGGCUAUGCCUGCUGCCCGUUGGUGGAAGCAUCAUGCAAAUAUGUGAAUAAACAUGGUAGCAUCCUUGGAUGCCUAGGGAGGGCAUGUUUGUUUACAAGCAGCAGCCAUUUCUUUGACACUGUGCAUUGAUGAUCUGCAGUAUUAAAAGGAGACAUGUUGGUGGGGAGUGAAGCACAUGAAACAGACAAAUGUGAAGAGAGGAACAGGCUGAGCGGCUUGAGAGGUUUGCCUUGUCUUAGAUGCCUUGUAACUUUUGUGGAAAUGAGAAUUAUACUGAAUGGGAGAAGCAAGAGCACAGUUGCUGGAAGAAAGGGAUACUUUAAAAUCACUUGCCAGUAAAGUCUAAAAGGUGGCCAAGUUCUGUGUUCCAGUCUAGAUCUGCAAACUGCACAUACUGGUUUUAAAGGCAAGGUAGCAUAUGAGCCUUCUCUUAUUCCAAUUUUGAAAUCAGGACCAAAAUAAAUAAAUAAAUAAAAAUAAA